AGCUACGUAGGUAACUCCAACCAAACUUGGUUUGAGCAAAUACAAUUUUGUAAACCAAGUAUAAGCAGUGGCAGAUAAAAAUAAGUUCCUUAUGCCUUAUAGUUACUUAUCAGUAGUGAGUGCGAUCACUAUCUACCUCCCACUAUAUUUUUACCAAAAGUUGUGUACUGUAACUUGGACUUGGUGUGCUUAAUUGGUACAAAAUUGUAGGUACCUACUGUGUUUAUACCUACUUAAUUGUGUAUCAAAACAUGUCAGCAUAUAACCAUAAUUCAUCAUUUUUGGAUAAUAUAAAUCUUGCUGCUAUAUCAGAUAUUGGGAAUGAAAUUGAUCCCUGCGACAUGAUUUCAAUAAUGUUCCUGUUAUACGAAGAUCCUCAUUUGGCGCUACGAAAUCUCACGGUAUAUCUACGGGUCUCGAAUGAUAUAGGCGGCAGCACCUGCAACUUGCUGAAAGAUUGGGCAUCGCAUGCGCAGACUCGCAGCACUUGGAAGGCCGAACUCGUGGAAGCACUGGCAACGUGUCAAUUAAAUACUGUAGUAAGAAAAUUUGGGUUUGACACACCCGCUACUAGAAGUUGUACCAGAAACAGCACUGAAACCAGCUACCUUCAUCCGAUGAAGAAAAUAUUUUAUAUGGUGUGUGAAAAUUUAGACUCUAAAAGUUACGAACAUUUCAAAAAUCUCAUUAAGGUUGCAGGAAAUCUCAAGAAAUGCAGAGCGUUUUCGAAAAGCUUUAUAAAAUAAAAGAUAGUAUUCAGAGUCCUUUAAAAAUAUCCAAUGAGAAACAAAACCGAGACCUUUUUGAAAAAAAAUAUGC